AUGGAUAAGGAGAAAUCUCCAGCACCUCCUAGUGGAGGUCUUCCUCCAUCAGGUCGUUACAGUAGCUUUGCACUGAAACCUGAAUCAUCUUUUCCUCACAGCUCAGAUAUAAGCAGAAUGUCAGAUAAUCCACCUAAGAAUCUAGGCCACCGCCGAGCUCACUCAGAGAUACUCACUCUUCCUGAUGACUUGAGCUUUGAUAGUGAUCUUGGUGUGGUUGGUUCUGCUUCUGCUGCUGAUGGACCUUCUUUCUCUGAUGACACUGAUGAGGACUUACUCUCUAUGUAUCUUGACAUGGAUAAGUUUAAUUCCUCUGAGGCGUCUUCUUCUCAAAUGGAUUGUGAGCCAUCUGAACCGGCUUGGAGGAAUGAGUUAGCCUCGACUUCUAGUGAAAGACCGAGAGUUAGGCACCAACAUAGCCAAUCUGUGGACGGGACUACAAGUAUUAAGCCUGAGUUGCUUAUGUCCGGGAAUGAAGUUGACUCUAAGAAAGCUCUCUCUGCUGCUAAACUCUCAGAGCUUGCUCUCAUUGAUCCAAAACGUGCUAAGAGGAUAUGGGCAAACAGGCAGUCUGCUGCGAGGUCAAAGGAAAGGAAGAUGAGAUAUAUAGCUGAGCUUGAGAGGAAAGUACAGACUUUACAAACAGAGGCUACUUCUCUCUCAGCACAGUUGACUCUCUUACAGAGAGAUACAAAUGGGCUGAGUGUUGAAAACAAUGAGCUGAAACUCCGAGUACAGUCAAUGGAGCAACAAGUUCACCUGCAGGAUGCGUUAAAUGAGGCACUGAAAGAGGAAGUCCAACAUCUGAAGGUAUUGACAGGGCAAGGUGUUUCAAAUGAUGCAUCAAUGAUUAACUAUGGUUCCUUUGGAUCAAACCAGCAAUUCUAUCCAAAUAAUAAUCAGUCUAGGCACACUAUGUUAGCCGCACAACAGUUUCAGCAGCUCCAAAUCCAGUCACAGAAACAACAUCAGCAGCAGCAACUCUAUCAGAUUCAGCUUCAGCAGCAGCAGCGCAUUCAACAGCAGGAACAACAAAGCGGUGUUACAGAGCUGAGAAGGCCCAUGUCUUCUUCGGGUCUGAAAGAGAGUAUAACAUCACCGGAUCCUGAGGGGAGCUCGACAAAAGACUGAAGAUUGUAGACUGUGUAAUGUUCAACUUAGUGAGGUUGUCUCCGAAAAUAUCCUUUCUCCUUCCUAGUUACAAAGCUUGUGGAGUGUUCUCCUUGAUCAGAAGAGCCUCAUUGGUUUGUGAUGCAUUGCAUUCUAGAGUUUAAAAAACAAGACACCUUAGAAGUUGUUAGUGAAGCCUUUGUUGUUGUUAGCCGGUAGUUUACAGGCUCGUCUCUAGUGUUUUGUGAUGCAGUUUAUUAGGCUUUUGCUCUUUUUGGUUAUUUAAAAAAAGACACCUU